AUGCGUGAGACUCUGAUGGCGAAAUACUUGUCUUUUUCCACACUUCAUCAUGGAAUAGAGCUGGAUGAUGUCACAAUGCUUAUUAUAUGCAUGCUCAUUUGCUGGAAAUAUCUUCAAAUUAAACUCACAAAGCCCAAUCCUUACCACAAUAUGUGGUUUGAGAGGCCUCAAGGAAACCAGAAGCUGAAGACAGUCACUCAAGAGAGGAAUAUUGCCAAAAUUGUUGAAUCUCAGAAAAGGGACAUCAUUAUCUUCUGGGCUUCUCAGUCUGGAACAUCUGAGCGCCUCGCGACUCAAUUAAGUAGGCACCUGGUUGUCGCCCUUUCAAAACGCUCCUUCGUUGCCGAUUUUUCGGAUUUCGACAUCGAAACGGUAUCUAAGAUAACCUCGUCAAUACCGGUUCUCAUGCUCUUAUCCACAUAUGGAGAGGGAAAUCCGCCCGAUAAUGCUGUGCAAUUCUUCGAUUGGCUGACCAACUCAUCAGAAAAGGUCAAACUCGAGCAUUUGCAAUUCGCCAUUCUCGGCGUCGGCAACAGCACCUACAAGCACUACAAUAAAUUUGCACAGGACGUGCAGUCUAGUUUUGUGCAGCUUGGUGCAAAGUCUCUUUUGAAUUUACAUCUGGCAGAUGAUGCACUCGGCCUGACUGAGGAGGGUUUCCUCUGUUGGAAGGAGGCCGUUGUCAAGAUUCUGUGCGGUCGUUUUGGCUUCGUGGAACAAGCAAUUCCCUACCAACCCGGUUUCAGUGUUAGAUUUGCGGAGUUGCCGAGGGACGUAGACUCGUAUCAACCGCAGUUCAGGAAGCAGACCCAGAACAUCCGAGCAAUGUCGCGGCUGUCGGCAAUCCGUAAGGUGACUAUCACAAAGACAAAGAUUCUAUCAGCCGAUCCUUCCAAGCCAUGUCUCCAUCUAGACAUUGAUAUCUCCCAUCACCCCGAACUCAAAUAUGAGACUGGCGAUCACGUUGGGAUCUGGCCAGUAAACUUUGAGACCGAGGUAGAAGGGCUGCGAAGUGCUCUAGGCAUAUCGACAGAGGACAUGUAUAAGCGUCUAGUCAUCAGUUCUCAGACGCCCGAGAGUGAGCAGCUGUUAACAUUCUCGGACACAAUGACGUUGGCCAGUCUCUUCAAGCACCACCUUGAAAUCUGCAGUCCAGUAUCUCGGCAGUUUCUUCAAGACCUGAAGCAAUUCGCACCCACUUCUGAGGCUGAACGGUGGAUUUCUGCGAUAUCUUCCGACGGCGCGACGUAUUCCAAAUACAAAGCCAGCAAUCGUAUUACACUGUCGUCGAUUUUGAUGUUAGCAAGUGCGGGGCAACCAUGGAAUAUCCCUUUUUCUUUCGUCAUCGAAAGUCUGGGUCUGAUACAGCCUCGGUACUACUCCAUUGCAUCAGCAUCUGCCGUAUAUCCCCGCCAGAUAAGUUUGACCGUGAGCUUGCUUUCUAUUCACUUAGAUGAAUCAGAUGACAUUAUUCACGGCGUUACAUCUACCUAUAUCUCCAAGUUGUGUGAUAACAAGAUCUCAAGUAGUACAGCUGCCUCCCAGGGUCAGGUUCCUAGCAAAGAGCUUGCAGGAUUGUUCUGUCAUGUACGUAAAUCUACGUUUAAGCUCCCAGCUAGCGAAAGUCAGCCCAUGCUUACAAUCGCAACUGGCACUGGAGUUGCGCCAUUCCGUGGGUUCAUUCAGCACCGAGUCAGACUCUAUCAAAUUGGCUGUCAGGUUGGAAGAACUAUUCUCAUCUUCGGCUGCCGCGAUAAGAAUAGCCACAUUUACAUGGAGGAGUUCGAGGAGGCGGAGAGGAUCCUGGGUGACAAACUGGAUAUCAUUGUUGCGUACUCACAAGAUCGUUCUCAGCCACAACACAUUCAAGACAAGAUCAAGAAAUACAGUCGGGAAAUCGUUGAUCUCAUUGUCGAAAACAGGGCAAAAACUUACUUGUGCGGAUCAACUAGAAUGGCGAAAGAAGUCAGACGCUUGAUUGGAUGUUUCUAUGCUGAGUACAAGAACUUCUCUCCGGAAGAAGUGGAGGGUUUCCAAGAGAGGCAGACCAGGAGCAAGCAGUGGCAGGAAGAUGUUUGGGGCUAA